UUAUUACAUUUUAUAAAACUGUGAUUUUAAGAAAUAAAUUCAAGAUAAAUACAAUAGUAAUUUUUGUAUCUUAAGUAUAGUAAAAAAUCAGUGCAUGUAUGUGGUAACCCUGUAUAGACGAUCAGUAGCAGCUAGCAGCUGGCAGUUACAACGAUGUCUGUUGUGGAGAAAAUACAGCAUUGUCAGCGAAAUAUUAAAAAAUGUUGCGAUAACGAAGAUAAGAUGCUGCAUUAUAUUCAAAGAUUAUAUACGUUACCAGUAACAGUGCAACAUCUUCAAGAUACAGGAGUAGGUCGUACUGUUAAUGCUUUAAGAAAAUAUGAAGGUGGUGUAGGAGAUGCUGCUAAAGCUUUAGUAGCAAAGUGGAAAGCUAUGGUUGCUGACGAAGAAACUAGUGAUGGUGAAGACGAAGAUGAAGCUUGCGUUCCUGAUGCUCCUGAAAGUUAUGAUAGUCCGGAAUCCCCAAAAUUAAAGGAAAAACAGAAAGCUGACAGUACAAUGAAAAUAUCAAGACGCAAAAGUGAUAGUUCGAAACAUAGAUCUCAACAAAAACCAGAAAAAAAUUAUGUAUCAGAGCAUAAUUCAAAACAUUCUAGUAAAUCAGAUAUAAAAGUAAAAUCUGAAAAUGAAUCUAAUAUAAAUAAAGAAUCAUCAAAACAUUUAAAAAAUGAAUCACAAAAAGAAAAACAUGAUAAAAGUCAUAGUUCUAAGCAUGAAUCAAAACAAGAAAAACGACUUAAUUCCAAUGAUAUAAAGAAUAGCAGUUCUACGCAUUUAAAAAAAUCUAGUGAUAAAUUAUCGCAUAACAGUAAAUUAGACAGUAAUACAGGUGACAAUGAAGAGAGUAAUAAAAAAAGAAAAUUAGAUAGUUCCAAUAGUGGAAGAAAGAAAAGUAAACGAAGGAAACAUUCUGAAAAUGAAAGUGAAGAAGAUAGAUCUAUUUAUCAUGCAGAAAAACAGAGUACUGAUGAAUUUGAAACUGAACUAAAUAAAAAAACAGAAGUCUUGUCAAAGCAGGAUGUCUUAAAUAAAGUUGAAUCUAAAAGUGAAAAAAAUAAAUCCCGUGAGAAAGGAAAACAAAGUUCUAGUAAAGAGGAAAAAGUUCAUAACGACAAAAACAAAAAGAAAUCAGAUGAAAAUAGAGAAAAACAAAAAACAAAGGACAGUCAUCAUUCUAAUAAAAGUUCUACAUCAAAAAGCCAUCAUAGUUCUAGUAAUAAAGAUCAUGUUAAAGAUAAGGAUAAAACUAAAAGAAAAGAGAGCGAAGAAAAAAAACAUAAGCAUCAGAGUAAAAAUAGUUCUGAUACGAAAGAAACCAAAUCUGGUUUUAAGGAAACAAAGGAAAAAGUUAAAAUCAAACAAGAAAUCAAUGGGGAUGAAGGAAUCGACUGUAACUCUGGUGCAAGUUUUGCAGAAGCUCUUGGAAUGUGUACAGUUGCACCUUCGUUAAGAAAACGUCAUAAUAACUCUCCCAAUUUAAGUUCUGCAAAAGUUAUUAAGUUAGAAACAAAUAUAUCAUCUACAUUAAACAACAAAAAACAAUCUUCUGUAAAAAACGAGCCUACAAGCAGUGACAGUUUACAUCCAUUGUCCCUUUUAUCGCCAAAUGUAAAAUUAGAGCCAUUAAGUGUGAACCUGGCAUCUACAUUACCUGAAAUAAGUCCUAAUUAUAAACCACUGCCAUACAUUAAUCCUGUACAUCGUAAAGAAGAAGAUAAGGUUCUUAGUGAUGUGAUUCAUGUUAAAAACCAAAGGACCAAAGUGUACUCUGGAAAUAAAACUGGUUAUACAAGUGUACCUUCUCUUUAUGAAAUUUGCAUAAGAGUAUUGAUAGAAAAUAUUGAUGCACUUGAAUUUACUGGUGGUGUUCCAUAUGACAUAAUAAAGCCAGUGUUAGAACGAGCUACACCAGAUCAAUUAUUUAUGUUAGAACAUUAUAAUCCUUAUCUGAUAGAUGAUACAGAUGCUUUAUGGCAAUUUCAUUGUAACCGGGAAUUCAGAAAUAAACAGAGAGAAGAAAUGGAAACAUGGCGUGAGAUGUAUAUGCGUUGUUUGGAUGAGAGAGAGGCAAAACUGAAAACAUUAACAGCCAAUAUAAAGCAGUCUAUAGAUAAAACUGUACCAUUACGAUCAACUAAACUUGCAUAUGUUGAUAAUGUUGUUAAGCCUCCUAGAAAUGUUUUAAAAAAACAAGCUAAGUAUGGGACAGCUAAUUCAGUUCCUACGUCUACAUCUGAUUUGAAAAAAAAAUUGAUUAUCGGCGGUGGACCUACUGCAGCAACUAAUAUAUCUGUACCACCACCUCCAAUGAAUCGAGUUAAAUCAUCUUCGGCCAUGACAAAGAAGACAAAAGCACCUCUUAUGGCGAAAGCUUUACAAUUAAUAAAAGGGCGUUACAAACGGUAGUUUGUAUAAACAUUUGUAUGUAUAUUCUAACUAUAAUGUAUAGACAAUGUUUCCACUAUGUCAUAUUUUUUUAAAUUAUGUUGUGAUAUGAGUAAUAUACUUGUAUCUCGAGAAAAAAUAUGUUACAAGAUUAUUUUACAUUUAUAUUUUGGUAAUAUUAAUUCUUAAUUUAUACAUAUAUAAAUAUAUGUAUAUGUAUCUUUAUAGAAGCAUCAGCAUUUAAGAGAAUUAUUGAAAAAAAAAGCAGAAAGAAAAUUGUUAGAAAAUCAUGAUCUACUUGAUUGUAUUAGUAAAAUGUUAAUUUGGCUGCAUAUAAUAAUGUAUAACUGUUUUUAAAAAUUUAUUUGCUUCCACAUUUUAGUAUGUGUUUUGUACUAAAUAUAAAUGUUUGUUUUGUGACAUUAAAACGGAGACGUGCAAAUUUUUAGUUUAAAAAGAAAUGAAACUGAAAUUGAAAUUUUCCUAUUACUGCUA